GUUUUGUCCAUAAGAGGGAGUCAAGUUUCUUAUAUGCAGCGUUUUCGUCCACUUCCACAACACAACUACGGAGCACAUUGACCGGAGAGGGGGGAAAUAUUGCUUGACAACGAUUAUUUUCUCCCAUUGUGGCUGUGGAAACUCAUAUCUGUGGUCGGAUAGUCUGACGGUCGGUCAGUUCGUCCCUUCAGCCUUCACCCACAACUUCGCCUCUUCGCCGCAGCUGAAGAACAAGAGGGUUCAUGAGCACCAGGAAGCUCUUAUUUUUUUCAUACCUGGAUUAACUCACAGGCGACGACAUAUAUUUUUCUUUUAUAAUUGUUUUGUAACGGGAGAGACUUUUUCUCUGUCAGAAUGUUGUGGAAAUUAGCCGACAACGUGAAAUAUGAGGAUGACUGUGAGGAAAGGCACGACGGCAACAGCAAUGGCAACCCCCGGCUGCCUCACCUGCCAGCGGUCAGUCAGCACCUCUACAGUCCGUCUCCCGCCCUCACACACUCGGCCAGUUCGGACUUCCAGCCUCCGUACUUCCCGCCUCCCUACCAACCCAUCUCCUACCCACAGUCCAGUGACCCCUACUCCCACCUCGGCGACCCCUUCAAUAUCAACUCCAUACACCAGUCGCCGUCGUCGAACCAGCAGCAGCCGUGGCCCGGUCGGCAGGGCCAGGAGGGGCUCGGCGCCCACGCAAGGAGCGGACUGGCGAGUCAGAUCCUGGGCCUGGAGGGAGGCUCGUCCGGUGUGAGGAGGGAAGGGUUCCGCCGGCCGGAACUUCUACCCCCACACUCGCACAGCCUAGAGUCGUCGGUUAUUGGCGAUAACAUGGGGAUGCACGACAUGGGCCACGGACUGGAGGAUGUUCAACAUGUAGAUGACCACAGUAUUAUAAUGGCAGAUCAGACAGUCAUCAAAAAAGUAUUAGGACUGCGAGGUGGCAGGAACCUUGAUCGCUUACAGAGGACUUAUUAUCAGGGGGGCAUUCUUGCGGGUCCUGUCACUCUGCCCAAAGGCAAUUCGCUGGGUCUUCCCUUCCAGAAAGAGUCCCUGAUGGGCAUGGUAUCAAACCCCACUGAGGUGUUCUGCUCUGUACCCGGCCGUCUUUCCUUGCUGAGCUCCACUUCUAAGUAUAAGGUCACGGUGGCUGAGGUCCAGAGACGUCUGUCACCCCCAGAGUGCCUCAACGCAUCGCUCCUGGGAGGAGUUUUACGCAGAGCCAAGUCAAAAAAUGGAGGUCGUUCUCUGAGAGAAAAGCUGGAUAAAAUUGGGCUCAACCUGCCAGCAGGAAGGAGGAAGGCAGCCAAUGUCACUCUGCUUACCUCACUAGUAGAAGGUGAGGCUGUUCAUUUAGCUAGAGACUUUGGUUACGUGUGCGAGACAGAGUUCCCUGCAAAGGCAAUUGCUGAAUACCUCGGCAGGCCUCACGUAGAACGCAACGAGGUUAACUCUCGCAAGAACAUGCUCCUUGCUGCCAAGCAAAUCUGUAAGGAGUUCACUGACCUUCUCACUCAGGAUCGCUCACCUCUGGGAAACUCUCGGCCGGCGCCCAUCCUGGAGCCUGGAAUCCAAGGCUGCCUGACCCACUUCAGCCUCAUCACUCAUGGCUUUGGCUCUCCGGCCAUCUGUGCUGCCAUGACCUCACUUCAGAACUACCUGAACGAGGCACUCAAACAAGUGGACAAGAUGUACCUGAGUUCUGGUAGCGACACCCAGGGAUCCUCAGACAGUGGAAGCAAAUCUACCGACAAAAUGGACAAGCACAGGAAAUGAGAGCUCAAAGGAGAAUCCCUAUGAACUUGAGAACCCCUGAGUCCCUUAAUCUUGCUACCCUGUCUGCCCUUUUUGGACUUGUUUAAAAUCAACAUUUACUAUUGUCAUUUCCAGAGCUGAAUUUGUGCGUGAAUGUGUGUGUCUGCACUGUUAAAUUUAUAUAAUAAUUUUUAGAAGUUGAGGGUUUCUAAAAAGUUGUCACAGCUGGCUUCAAAUCAGUCUGUUUUGGCACCCACGGUAAACGUCUGUGGACUGAUCCUAAUGGGAGCCCUCCCCUGUGAAGACGUAAUACACACCUUAUCAUAGCAAGGACCAUGCAGUCCUAUACAGUUACCAAUGUGCCGAUGCUACAACCAUGGGACCUGCACUCUGUUGACAAGAAGACGAAAAAGAACAAAGUGCAUACUGUUUUUUUUUCUCCCUAGAGGACAUCAUUUCAAGAUGAGUUGCUGUGGCUGUGAAUUCCUCUCAGCUUCCCCCCUUCUACUCCGUCUGGAGGCAAAUCCACUGAUUUCCUGUGUCUCAAUGUACUUGCAAAGGACAAUUUUUUUAUAUUAGAAAGAAAGAGAAGAAAAUCCACUUCAUUUUCUUUACUUUUUUGUGCUUGAUUUUUACAACCACUUCAAAAUGGCUCCAGUGUUAUUGUGCUUUGUUCAUGAGAGAUGAUUUGAGUCUUAUGUAGGCCUGAAUGAGAAAAGACAAUUUUUGGUUUGUCAGUCUGUGUUCGGUUGGAAACCAGAGACUUCAAAGUCAGUUUAAUAGAAGCCUCUUCAGUGUUCAUGUGGAUUACAGGCAUAGCAAUGCUUCCAUUGUUACUCUGUCUUUUAUACCUGGCAGUGAGAACAUGUUAUUUUUGUGACUAUGUUAGGUAUUCAUCAUUCUUAGUAUUUAAAAACCCCAAGUUAACAUCAAUCUACCAACCACUGCCAGAGUGUGUGCAUGUUGUGAGAAUGUGUGUAAAUGUACAUAUUUCUUUCUUUAAAAAUGUUUUUAAUUAGACAUUAAAUUCCAAACAUAGAACUUUAUCCAGAGUCUUGUCCUGGAUGUAAAUAUUUUCUAAUUUAUGUUGUAAUUUAAUGGGCUUGUGUAAAUAAUGGUAUCAUUCUGGUGUAUGGUUUCACUUUUUAUGAUGAUGUGUUAAACUUUUAUAAAUGGGCUAGUUUUUUAUCAAGUAGAGGUUAGGAAGUGGGCAUGAUAUACUUUUUUGAAAAUAUGUAAAAAAAAAAAACUGUUUUAAAGUUUCAGGAAAAAUAAAAAUAAAAUGAAAGACUCAAUUCAGA